CUUACACUUUCGCCAUAGUGCCAUACCUCAUUUCCUCUCUCUCUCAAAGACUCAAACCUCUGUGUGACAAUGGCGUCGACACGCGAGGAGAAUGUGUACAUGGCGAAGCUUGCGGAGCAGGCGGAACGCUACGAGGAGAUGGUGGAUUUCAUGGAGAAGGUGGUGACGGCGGCGGGCGGCGCGGAGGAGCUGACAGUUGAGGAGCGCAACCUGCUCUCCGUCGCGUACAAGAACGUGAUCGGCGCUCGGCGCGCCUCGUGGCGCAUCAUCUCCUCCAUUGAGCAGAAAGAGGAGAGCCGCGGCAACGAGGACCAUGUGGCAUCAAUCAAGGAGUACAGAUCUAAGAUCGAAGCAGAACUGACAUCGAUCUGCAAAGGCAUCCUCAAUCUCCUCGAUUCUACUCUCAUCGACUCCGCUUCUUCCAGCGACUCUAAGAUCUUCUACUUGAAAAUGAAGGGAGAUUAUCACCGCUACUUGGCUGAGUUCAAAACCGGAGCCGAUAGGAAAGAUGCCGCGGAGAACACUCUCUCCGCUUACAAAGCGGCUCAGGACAUUGCCGUUGCAGAACUAGCUCCCACGCAUCCAAUCAGACUUGGCUUGGCUCUCAACUUCUCUGUAUUCUACUACGAGAUCUUAAAUUCUCCCGAUCGCGCUUGUAAUCUGGCCAAACAGGCCUUUGAUGAAGCCAUUGCCGAGCUUGAUACUCUUGGAGAGGAGUCCUAUAAGGAUAGCACUCUCAUUAUGCAGCUCCUUCGUGAUAAUCUCACUUUGUGGACUUCAGAUAUGCAGGAUGAUGGAACUGAUGAAAUCAAAGAAGCACCAAAACAAGAUAAAGAAGAGUAAAGUGUGAGGUGCUAGGUAUUCAAUGAUUUCCAGCAAUUCAAAGCUGCCAUUUCUUGUUAUUCAGUGUUUCAAGGUUGUCGUUUAUAUGAAUUGUUGUUGUCCUUGCUUAAAUUCAUACAUUGAGGAUUCACUUUAAUGAAAUGAAUGACAUUCAUGAUAUUGCCCAGAA